AUGUCGAUGUCGGGAACUUUGCAUUUGAGUUCUGACUACUUCCCAGGUUACACACUUUCAGACAGCAGAUGCUUCUCUAACUCUGCUGUUUCGAGAAGAACACUUGCCAUUUUACCUGGCUCCUCCUGUCCGGAUCACAAACUCGAGAAUGGACGUCUGAAAUGUGCCCCCAAUAGUCGUUCUUUUGUGUGCCAAGCAAAUUCUGGUAGCUACAGGAGAAAUCCUGAUUUCUCAAGACUCAAUAAGCAUGGUUUCAGGGGAAGGAACAACAGGCCAAGCGAAGAGAGAGACGAUUUCGACUCUGAAAUGCUAUCUUCGAGAAACGGGCCUUUACUCUCUCUAUCCAACUCCCCUAAAUUCCAAGCUACUUGCUCCCCUGGGCCAAGAGAGAAAGAGAUCGUAGAGCUCUUCAGAAAGGUUCAAGCUCAGCUCCGAGCUCGAGCAGCGGCAAAGAAAGAAGACAAAAAGAUCGAAGCAGCUUCUAAUGGACAGGGGAAAGAAAGCGAGACUGUUGACUCCCUUCUUAAGUUACUAAGGAAGCACUCGGGAGACCAAAGCAAGAAGAGCGUUGGCAACUUUAGCAGCCAUGGAGACAGUUCUUACCCGAUACAAGGAAAUUCUGUGGACAGGCGAGAUCAAAAUGCAUCAUCCUUUGCCAGGCCAACAUCAAGCUUCAGAAGAAACUCGCCAGUACCGAGAUCUAAAUCUCCGCCAGCUUAUUCUAGUGAGCCGACUUUUGAUCAGGCGUCGAGUUACAGCGUGACCUGGACCCAUAAGAAGAACACGUCAGAGUCGCAUGAGGAACCUGAAGACGGGCCUGAGGCUGAGGCGGAGCUUGAGCAUGAGUACGAAGAUGUAUCUGAAUAUGACUCAGAACCUGAGCCAGUGACAGCUGUUCUUGAAUCAGAGUCAGAGCUGAAGCCAGAGUCAUCAUCAUUUCACCAAGAGGAGGAGGAUGAUGUUACUUUAGAGGCGUUAUCAGAUGAUAAUAAUGAUAAUGUUACUUUUGAUGUGUUAUCAGAUGAUGAUGAUGAGUCUUUGGAUGAAGAUGAUGAUGAAUCUGAGGAAGAAGCUGCAAAAGAUGAAGACUUGAGUACAUUGAAGCCUCCUAAAGACAGUCUUGGUAUCUUCACGCCGACCUGGUUCACUUGUGCUGCAUUCUUGAGCAAUGAAGAUCACUGCAAAUUUGUCACGGGAACCAAAUCUCACCAGGUUCGUCUUUAUGAUGCUUCUGCUCAACGUAGACCGGUCUUGUCCUUUGAUUUCCCUGAGACCGCCGUUACAGCAAUCUGCGAAGAUCCAGAUGGUCAUACUAUCUAUGUGGGGAAUACUUCUGCUGACCUAGCUGCCUAUGAUAUACGAACAGGAAAACUGUUGGGAAGCUUCUUAGGGAAGUGUAGUGGAAGCAUAAGAUCUGUGGUUAGACAUCCACAUCAUAAUGUGAUUGCUUCUUGUGGGUUAGACCGGUAUUUACGUGUUUAUGACGUUUUCUUGAAGCAGCAUCUUACAGGUCUUGUAUUCGACUCUAGCUUUAGUGGAGAAGAGACGGCUGAAGCAAACACAGUGGUUGAGGCUGCAACAGAGGAGAACAUGACGACCAUGGACCAGGAAGAUGAUGAUGAUGAGGAAGAAGAAGAAGAUGAAGCAGAGAAGGCUCCUGUGAAGAAAAAGAAGUCAAAGAAAGAGAAACGCAGUAGAGAAAAGGUCCAGGAAGAUGAUGAAGAUGAUGAGGAAGAAAAGAAGAUGAAACAGAGCCUUUGCUCUAAUCCGAGCUACAGUUUUGAACAAACAAAAAGGGAGAAUUUUGUUUUUUGCUAUAAAGACAAUUUAUUGAUAAAACGGAGCCUCUCUUAUUCGACCAACACCUGA